GAAGUGAUGAUAAAUCCAAUACGAAUCGAAAGAACGAGUUCGAUCAAACCUGAUGAUGUCACAGAAAGCGAGAGAAUGUAAGGCCGUUUGUUGCAAAAACGAAUUUGCGUAGAGAAAUAGAGUAGAGGGAGUUCCGAGCAGAGGAGUCGGAGUGGAGUUCUCCUACAGACUCAAGCCCUUGGUUUCACACACCACCACACCUAUUAAAGUGGCGCCUACGUGGCUUUAAAAAAACAAAAAUAAAAAAGAAAGGGACGAAGAUGGUCUGAAAUUGAAUUCAGUCUCUCAGGCACUCUCUGUCUCACAUUUCACCGAGCUCCCUACCCUAGCUUCAGAUCUUAGAGCUUCGGACGGCUUGAUCACCGCCCACAAUCAAAGAUUUAAGUUUCGGCUUCGUCCUUUUCAAAUUCCCACGAUGAAUUAAAUGCUGAAGCCACCAUUUUCAGUUUCGGCUUCGUCAUCAUAGCUGCAGGUUUCUCUCUCGCUCGAUACCUGACAUUUAUGAUGUGUGAGAGUUUCUUGUAUAUCACACCAUGUACAACAAUUAACUCCAGUAGCAGCCUGCAAGCAUUCAUCUAACUUCAGUAGAGGUUUUAUAUAACCAAACACAACGCCCGCGGCCCGCAAGCACUCAUCUAGUCAUGCCGUCUCCUUCUCAACUCCAGUAGCAGCAACGUCGAUGUCCUCUCCCGCCAUAUGCACGAAGCCGCCGUUGAUCUUCUCUUCAGCCAGCAAGAUGGCUAUUUGAUCUGAUCAUCUUCCUUCAACUACGGGUCAAGGUUCUUGACAUCGAUUAGGAGCUUGAGUUUGAUUAGGCGCUUAUUUGUCGAAACCAGCAGCUGGGUCAUCCUCUCUGCCAUUUUGCUGCCAUCGUCCAGAGCUGGAUCACACAGAUUUUAUGCUGUCUUCUCCAUCUGAGUUGUGAUUUCCAUUAGCCCCUCUACAUCCAUCACAACAGCCACUUUGUCACUGAUAUAGGUGGAUAAAUCACAAGUAAUGUAGGAAAAACUCAACUCUGGAGUGAUGGACUCGAACGUAUCGCACAUUGAGGAUAAAGAAGACACUUUUUGUGAACCGGAUGGGAAGGAAGGAGAUGAAGGAGACAAUGUUGUUGAAGAACCAAAGGUUGGAAUGAUAUUUUCAUUAGAGGAAGAAGUGAGAUUGUAUUAUACCAACUACGCAAAGCGUAUGGGUUUCGGUGUUUCAAAAAGAAGUUCCAAUGUCGGAGAUGAUGGGAGAUUAAAAUAUUUCACUCUUGCAUGUGUUCGGCAAGGCACAUCAAGGAGCAAGGCAUCUAAUGUUCUUAGGCCAAGAUCAGUGGAGAAAAUGGGAUGCAAGGCCAAGAUAAAUGUCACAUUGACAGCUGAUGGAAAAUAUACAUUGUCUAGUGUCGUUCUUGAACACACACAUGCUUUAAGUCCCGGGAAGGCCAUAUUUUUUAGGUGCCAUAAGAAGCUAGGUGAUAGUAUCAAAAGAAAACGUGAAGUAAAUGAUGUGGCUGGAAUCAAAGCGCGUAAGAACUACAAGUCAUUUGUACAUGAAGCUGGGGGGUAUGAGAAUCUUUCUUCUGGCGAAAAGGUUUGCUGCAAUGAAAUGGGGAAGGCGAGACGACUUCAGCUUGCUGUAGAAGGUGUCGAAGCUCUACGAAAUUAUUUCAUUAAAAUGCAAGAGAAAAAUGAUCAGUUCUACUACAUGAUAGAUGUGGACGACGAAAGCAGACUAAGAAAUGUUUUUUGGGUAGAUGCUCGAAGUAGAGCUGCGUAUGAUUCUUUUGGUGAUGUGAUAACAUUCGGCACCACCCAUCUAAACAACGCAUAUAGGAUGUCAUUUGCUCCUUUCGUGGGAGUUAAUCAUCAUGGCCAGUUAAUCCUUUUUGGGUGUGGAUUAAUAUCCAAUGAGGACACAGAAACUUUUGUGUGGUUAUUUGACGCAUGGCUGAAAUGUAUGAAUGGACAGACUCCAAGUGCAAUAAUCACAGACCAAGAUAAAGAGAUGCAAAAUGCAAUUGCAAGGGUAUUCCCGAGAUCCCAACACAGAUUUUGUUUGUGGCAUAUCAUGAAGAAACUUUCAGAAAAACUUGGAUCACACUCUCAAUAUGAAGCUAUCGAGCGUAGUAUACAAGGUUUUGUCUAUGACUCCUUGAGCCGUGAGGAGUUUGAACAAAAUUGGAAAUGCUUGCUUGACAGUUACAACCUCCGUGAUAAUGCUUGGCUGGAUUGGAUCUAUGGUGAGCGGCAUCUUUGGGUACCGGUCUAUGUAAAAAAUACAUUUUGGGCUGGGUUGUCUACUACACAACGAAGUGAAAGCAUGAAUUAUUUCUUUGAAGAUUGUGUGAACUCAAAGUCCAUGCCCAAGCAAUUUGUUGAGCAGUAUAAUAAUGCCUUGAGGAGAAAAGUAGAGAAUGAAAACGCAGCUGAUUUUAGUUCCUUUGGUACUGCAAUCCCAUGUAUUACUCAUUAUCCUAUUGAGAAACAAUUUCAGGAACUUUACACCAAUGCCAAAUUUAGAGAAGUCCAAGAUGAGUUCAAGGGAUUGUUGUAUUGUUGUGCAGCGUUGGUUACAUGUGAGGGUGCAAUGUAUACUUAUCAAGUUCGUGAUGAGGUGAAGGGUUUUGAGGGUUUCAUAAAAAGGACAAACUUUUGUGUUUCGUUUAAUGAAGCUGAUUUUGAGGUGAAAUGCAGUUGUUGCCUGUUUGAGUUUAGAGGUAUCUUGUGCAGACAUGCGCUUCGUGUGCUUACUAAUCUAGAAAAACAAUUGUUGCCGCCAAAAUAUAUUCUUGAUCGGUGGAGAAAAGACUUGAAACGGAGAUAUACAUUAGUCAAGUGUAGUUAUGACGAUUUGAGUGACAGCCCUGCAGCACAGAGAUUUGAUAGGCUAACCCAGUUUUUUGCUGAAAUUGCAUCCCAAUCAUCAGAAAGUGAGGCUAUUUGUGGAGAGUUGAUGCGGCGAUUGGAGCUAUUCCAAAGUGAAUUCUUGCAUCAUCGAACAAAGCGUGAUAUGAGUUCAUUAGCCCGUGAAAGUGAGAUAUGGAGCAUGCAGAGCAAAUCUUUUAUGUGAAUCCCACACCUUGACAUGGAUGUUAUUAGAUUUAAGAUAAAAUUGGAAGUAAGAGGUUGUUGGGUGGAGUAUACUUUGUACCUCUCAUUUAUAAUGCAUAAAAAAAAAAAAAAAUGGCUAGAUUGGGUAUCUCAAGCAAAAUAAAAGGUCAAGUGGAGUUAUCACUUUCUUAAUCUA